AUGGACCAAAGAAUUGAGAAGGUUUUGGUUGUAGGAGCAGGGCCUGUAGGCCUCUUGACAGCCUUGAUGCUGUCCAAAGUUGGGAUUUCAGUCCAAGUUUACGAAAAGAAUACAGAAAUCGAUCAAAGGCCUCGAGGGGCCGCUUACGGGCGUGCUGCAGUUCGAGUCUUUCGCCAGGCGCAAGUACUCGACAAGUUGCGAGAGAUGGGGGUAGAUGUCUCGUCGAUCGCAUGGCGAAAGCUGGACGGCACUCGAAUCACUGGGUUUUCGCAGGAGCAUAAUCAAUCGGAUCCCGAAAGAUCCCUUGUUUUACCGGUCCACUUGUUGGCCCAGUUUCUUUACGACGAGGUCAAGUCUUUGCCGAACGUCGAGGUCUUUUGGGGACACAAGUUCAAAACCCUCACACAGACAGAAGACAAGGUGACGGUCGAAUUCGAGACCGACGGAGGCACAGUUUUUUCUGAGGCCAAUUUCGUUCUUGGGAGUGACGGAGCACAAAGUGAUGUUAGAAAAUGUCUCUUUGGCCGGAAUUUCCCUGGAAUGUCGUGGGAUGUGCAAAUUGUGGCAACAAAUAUCAAGUAUUCCGGAUUUGACAUCCCUGGCUGGUCUGAUGUUCAAUGGAUCAUCCACCCGGAACACUGGGCACUGUUAUGUCGACUCGAUCGAGAAGGCACCUGGCGCGUUGCGUACGGUGAGAAGGCGGAUCUUGAUACAGAUACACUCAGAGAGCGACUUCCUUCGAAGUUCAAAGCUAUCUUACCUGGAUCUCCUGAACCAGGUGAUUAUGAAUUGUUAAACUGGAGUCCAUUCGUUAUGCAUCAGCGAUGCGUUGAAAAGAUGACCGUUGGGCGGGUAGUACUUGCUGGAGACGCUGCUCAUCUCUGCAAUCCAAUGGGCGGCCUUGGACUUACUGGUGGCAUUGCGGAUGUGGGCAGCCUGGUCGAAUGCCUGGUCGCAAUUCACAAUGGGGCGGCAGAUUUCUCAAUCCUAGAGAAGUACGAUGAGAAACGACGAGAGGUGUAUCACACAGUGACCGAUCCAACUUCAUCGGGGAAUUUAAGAAGAGUCUUCAACGAUGGCGAAACAGUCUUGGAGCACGAUCGAAUGCUUCAGAUGAUCGAGAAAUCUGCGACUGACCCUGCGCUAGGAAAGAUUUUGAUGCAGUUUGAGAACGCACUAUCAAGUGAUAUGUCGCAGUUUUACACUCCUCAGCAAAGUGAGGUAUCCGUGUGA